UCGAGGUUAACAUUUGCACAAAUAAUUAAAAAUGAUUGUCGAGGCAGAAAGUAUUAGAAAUAUCGGUAAAAUUUUGUGCAACAAGGAGCGCCCUUUGAAGGAAAGAUUCAGAGCAUUGUUUACAUUGAAGAACAUUGGAGGAGAAAUCUCAUUGGAGUGUAUCAAUGAGGCUUUUGCAGAUGAGUCGGCGCUCUUGAAACAUGAAUUGGCGUAUUGUUUGGGACAAAUGCAGGAUGAAAAGGCUAUACCUUAUUUGGUGAAGGUUCUGGAAGAUACUGCACAAGAACCUAUGGUCAGACACGAAGCCGGUGAGGCAUUAGGUGCAAUAGGUUCCCCAGAAGUAAAAGAAAUCUUAGAAAAGUACUUAGACGACCCAAUAAUCGAGGUUUCAGAAACAUGCCAAAUAGCGUUAGAUAGGCUCAAGUGGCUUGAAAAUGAAGAUAAUAACAAAGAUCUGUCCAAAAACAUUUAUUCCUCCGUAGACCCAAGUCCGUGUGAUACUGAAAAGGAUGUUGAGGCUUUAAAAAAGACAUUACUGGAUGAAUCUGAGACAUUAUUCAACCGGUAUAGAGCCAUGUUUACUUUGAGAAAUUUGCGGACCGAAGACAGUAUACUAGCUUUAGGAGAAGGUUUGAAGGCUAAAAGUGCUUUAUUCCGUCACGAAAUCGCCUUCGUCCUCGGCCAAUUGCAAAAUCCUCUGAGCGUCCCCUGUCUCAAAACAUCCCUAGAAGACCCUGCAGAAAAUGAAAUGGUGCGCCACGAAUGUGCAGAAGCACUAGGUGCAAUCGCCAAUGACGAAUGCAUGGAGAUCUUGAAUAAGUUUGUUAAGGAUGAAAAGCGAGUUGUUAAGGAAAGCUGUGAGAUUGCUUUAGAUAUGUGCGAAUAUGAAAACAGUCCAGAGUUCCAAUACGCUGAUGGUUUGAAGAAGGUUUCUGAGGAUUCUGCUGCCAAUGCUGAUGGAAGCGGGGAAGGAAAAGUUGAGGAAGAGAAAAAGGAUGAGGAGAAAGAUGAAAUUGUUUAA